AUGUUGACGCUUGCUAUUGGAGACCUCUUCAUUCCGGACCGCUCUAUACAGUUGCCGGCCAAAUUCCAGAAGUUAUUGAGCCCAAACCCCGGUUCAAUCCCCUCCAACAAUAAAAUCUCAAAAGUCCUAUGCUUGGGAAACAUCACCCAGUCGUACGAUACGUUGGAGUUCUUAUACAACUUGUCGCCCUCCUUUAAUAUCGUCAGGGGAGAGUUUGACGACACGCAGUUGUUAACGCUGAAAUUGAAGUCAUUGUCAGCCAAGGAUGCACAGGUUCCCUUGUACCUGAUAACGGCUCACGACAACCUUAAGAUUGGAUACACAAACGGGUACCAAAUUGUACCCAGGAACGAUCCAUUGUCGUUGCUUACGUUGGCCAGAGAAAUGGACGUCGAUGUGUUGAUUUGGGGCGGUACACACAAGAUUGAGGCAUAUACCCUUGAUGGGAAAUUUUUCAUAAAUCCUGGAAGUGCCACUGGCGCCUUCACCUUCGACUGGCCGGAGAGAUACGAGGAGGAGGAAGAAGAGGAAGAAGAAGAAGAUGGCUCAGAGGCAACCGAUACUGGAGCCCCAAAGGAAGACGAGGAGAAGCAAGACCAAACAGAGGAAAAGGCCCAAGAACAAGAAGGAGGAGGAGAUGCCACUGUCGACGAAGAUAACCUUGAAGCUGAUAGCGAGAAAGAAAAGAACCCGGAGGAAUUGUGGGGACCAGGUAAGGUAGAUCUAAGCAAUGUCCCAGAGUUGGAAGAACCAAUCCCGUCCUUCUGCCUACUCGAUACACAUGACUCUACUUGUACAUUAUAUAUUUAUACAUAUUUAGAUGGGGAAGUCAAAGUAGACAAGGUCAGCUAUACCAAAGAAUAA